AUGGAUAUGCUGGAAUGGUUUGAACAAAAUUAUCAAGAGAAACUGCAGCAGAGAGAGGCCAUACCUGAAACCACUCGAUAUACGAGCAAUGAAAAAUACGAUGCAUUUAGACAGGCAGUGUGGGAUGUCAGAAAUCCUAAUGUGCCAUUCGGACAAGCUGUAAAUAGUGAAGACGAUGUGGUCAUGACUACACAGACCGUCAGUUACAAAUGUCCGAUUACGCUGCGUAUCAUGACCAACCCUGUCACUUCAAGAGUAUGCAAGCAUUCAUUUUCUGAUGCCAUCUUUCAAACAUUCACAAAUGGAUCUCCAGAUAUCGAAUGUCCGAUUCCUGGCUGCGACAAACGUAUUCGCGCUGCUGAUCUAAAGCCAGAUGCUGCUUUAAAACGCAAAGUUGUUGCAUGGCUUAGGGCUAAGCGACACGAAGCCAGCGAAGAAGACGACUGCGAUCAGAUUGCUGUUUAG